AUUGUGAUUGUGACCUCUGACCUUGAAAAGGUCACGUUCUUUCCCGUAGAGAGUUGAGAGGCCAGGCUUGAGAGUGUCUUAAUUCCACCUCUGAUAACGCUAUCCCUAAUCCGUCUGGCCAGUUAAAAGGUGCACGUCAGGGGGGGCUGCAAAGCGCAUCUUCAACUCAACCCUUGAAGGACAAGCAAAGAGGCACUCCUAUUCCGAUUUACUCCCGAGUACUCCCGAGCAGCCAUGAACGGCACCGAAGGACCCAACUUUUACAUCCCCAUGUCCAACAAGACUGGCGUGGUCCGGAGUCCCUUCGAAUACCCUCAGUACUACCUGGCAGAGCCUUGGAAGUUCUCUCUGGUGGCCGCCUACAUGUUGUUCCUGAUCGUCACUGCGUUCCCCAUCAACUUCCUCACGCUCUACGUCACCGUGCAUCACAAGAAGCUGAGGAACCCUUUGAACUAUGUGCUGCUCAAUCUGGCCGUGGCUGACCUCUUCAUGGUGGUCGGAGGCUUCACCGUCACGCUCUACACGGCCCUGCACGGAUAUUUCAGCUUGGGUGUGACCGGCUGCAACAUCGAGGGUUUCUUUGCUACUUUAGGAGGAGAGAUUGCACUCUGGUCUCUGGUGGUUUUGGCAAUCGAGCGCUACGUCGUGGUGUGUAAGCCAAUGUCCAACUUCCGCUUUGGAGAAAAACACGCCAUCGCCGGGCUGGGAUUGACAUGGAUCAUGGCUCUGACCUGUGCUGCGCCACCCCUGCUUGGAUGGUCACGGUACAUCCCAGAGGGAAUGCAGUGUUCCUGCGGCAUUGACUACUACACACCCAAACCCGAGUUCAACAACACCUCGUUUGUCAUCUAUAUGUUUGUCCUGCAUUUCUGCAUCCCGCUCGUUGUCAUUUUCUUCUGCUAUGGUCGCCUGCUCUGCACCGUGCGAGCGGCUGCAGCUCAACAGCAGGAGUCUGAAACCACCCAGCGAGCCGAGAGAGAGGUGACUCGCAUGGUCAUCGUCAUGGUGAUCUCCUUCCUGGUGUGCUGGGUGCCGUACGCCAGCGUCGCUUGGUACAUCUUCGCCAACCAGGGAGUCGCCUUUGGAGCGGUGUUCAUGACGGCGCCGGCGUUCUUCGCUAAGAGUUCCGCCCUUUACAACCCGGUCAUCUACAUCCUGUUUAAUAAGCAGUUCCGAAACUGCAUGAUCACCACUGUGUGCUGCGGUAAGAACCCGUUUGCAGAUGACGACGCCGCCGCCGCCACCAGCGUGGUUUCCAAAACCCAGACUUCAUCCAUGGCCUCCAGUCAGGUGGCCCCCGCCUAACCCUUUCUAACCCCCUCCUUCCUCUCCCCCCCCUCUCCUCGCUGUCCCAUCUGUUCCACUUUGGGAGCCACCAACACCUAGCAGCAAACAUCAUGGUUUUCUUCUUCUUUGGCCAACCUUCUCCACUUACCUCUGCAUGUGUUGGCAACCCCCCCACUCCCCACCCCAACCACCCACCCACUCACCCUGCAGGUGUGCACAUUCAAGCCUUCUCAAGUGUCUCAAAUCUAUCAAGCGCCACAAAGCUGCAUGCCAUUAGCCGUCAUGUAUCAAGAGUUGAGAACGGUAACUAAUAAAGUAGUAGUAGUAGUAGUAGUACAAAAUCAGUAGUAUCUAACAGUAGAUACAGUAAACCUCGGAUAUAUCGGAUUCAAUUGUUCCCACUGGUUUUGUCCGAUAUAAGCGAAAUCCGUUAUAUGCGUAUACCGGAAAAUGUCCGUUUUACGCAUAUAUGGGAUUUAUAUCCGGUAUAUGCGUAAAUGGGAUUUUAUCCGUUAUAAAAAGGCACUUCCUUGACUAUGUUUCCAAUGUACCUGGACGCGCAGGCAACGCUGCAAACGCUGCAAAUGACGUCGUAUAGCGGCCUGUCACGAUUCGGCGAAUCGGAGCGCCACAAUGCGAUAUAUCCGAUAUAUGCGAGGGAAAUUUAAUGGAAAUGCAUUGGAACGGGACUGGAGAUUUUGUCCGAAAUAGGCGAAAUCCGUUAUAAAAAAUCCGAUAUAUGCAUUCAUUCAUUCAUUCAUUUUCUACCACUUUUUCCUCACGAGGGUCGCGGGGGGUGCUGGAGCCUAUCCCAGCUGUCUUCGGGCGAGAGGCGGGGUACACCCUGGACUGAUCGCCAGCCAAUCACAGGGCACAUAUAGACAAACAACCAUUCACACUCACAUUCAUACCUAUGGACAAUUUGGAGUCGCUAAUUAACCUAGCAUGUUUUUGGAAUGUGGGAGGAAACCGGAGUACCCGGAGAAAACCCACGCAUGCACGGGGAGAACAUGCAAACUCCACACAGAGAUGGCCGAGGGUGGAAUUGAACCCUGGUCUCCUAGCUGUGAGGUCUGCGCACUAACUACUAGACCACCGUGCCGCCCGAUAUAUGCAAUGAAUUUUUAUUGGAAAUGCAUUACAGAAAAAUCGGUUCUUUUUUAUCUGUCCGUUGUGAGCGAAUUUCCGAUAUAUCCGAGUCCGAUAUAUCCGAGGUUUACUGUACUAUAUUUACUCUACUGUAUUCACACCUUUAUAUCAGUUGAAGGUGUGUUUUUCGGACUUCUCAGGGGAAUUCUUCUUGCACGGUACAUUUUAAAGCAUCAACUCAAAGAUGAACCAGAAUUCAUUGAUAUCAUUCAACUACGCUAAACUUCCCGCCCGUCCAUUUUCUAUACCACUUGUCCUAAGUUAAGUCCAAAAGUAUCCAUACAACAGUCACAUGAUGAACUACAGUGCUUCUUAAAUGACACAAGGAAGUGGCAAACGAUUUUAGACGUUGGGCUCUAAUUUAGAGGCGGAGCACGGCGCAGUCCACAAAGUGGUCAUUUGGUUCAUUUGCGCGCGGACCUCACAGCUAGGAGACCAGGGUUCAAUUCCACCCUCGGCCAUCUCUGUGUGGAGUUUGCAUGUUCUCCUCGUGCAUGCGUGGGUUUUUUCCGGUUACUCCGGUUUCCUCCCACAUUCCAAAAACAUGCUAGGUUAAUUAGCGACUCCAAAUUGUCCAUAGGUAUGAAUGUGAGUCAGCUAGGAGACCAGGGUUCAAUUCCCACCCUCGGCACAUCUCUGUGUGGAGUUUGCAUGUUCUCCCCGUGCAUGCGUGGGUUUUCUCCGGGUACUCCGGUUUCCUCCCACAUUCCAAAAACAUGCUAGGUUAAUUGGCGACUCCAAAUUGUCCAUAGGUAUGAAUGUGAGUGUGAAUGGUUGUUUGUCUAUAUGUGCCCUGUGAUUGGCUGGCGACCAGUCUCGCCUGAAGACAGCUGGGAUAGGCUCCAGCACAACCCCCGCGACCCUCGUGAGGAAAAGCGGUAGAAAAUGAAUGAAUAAAUGAAUUUGUUGCCUCACUAUAGACACCCCUGAAGUUAACGUUCCUGUAAGAGAAAUCUGGGAGGCAGACAUUGUGGAUGCCAGACAUCAUGAAUGCUGAAAGGGCAGUUUCCCAGCAUGCAUUGGAGGAAAUGACAGGUUACCUUUUUAAAAGCCAGUGCAUUGCAAAAAUAUCGUCAUUACGUUACUCCCCAAAUGUUCACUUUGACUUCACAGAGAGCCCUUGCUAUGGCAACGAAAUCAACAUGCAUGUAUGUUCAAAUUAAACCUUCAAUUUUAGCUUCCACUAAGCAUUCCCUCAACACAUUAUAGAGAUCUUGUUUAGUUCCUCUUGUCUUACUGGGGGGUGAAGGUGAAGGUGAGGCGUAUACUGACUGGGAGGUGAACAUAACAUAAGCAGAUGGACCUGAAUUCAUCUCGGUGUGGGGGGGGGUAACUGGAUGCUGAUCAAAGAAAUAUGGACAUGAUACUUUGGUGCACUGGGGAACGGUUCAACACCUUGCAGACUUUGUUCAAUGUCUUGCAAAUAAUAAUAAAAAAAAAAAAAAAAUCUCAACUCAAUGUCUGUCUAGCCUUCCUUUUACUUUACUUUUUCAUUUUACGAGGCAAUCUAAAAACGUUCCAGAUGCCGACUGGCUUUUUUUUUUUAGAGUCGAGCCAAGCGUUGAUGGUUAUCAAAUGUUGCAACAUUUCACCAGAAGAUAUU